UCAUAGUAGAAUUUUACAUAAUUGAUCUUGCAUAAAUUCAUAGACUUCCUCUCUAGAAAAAUCUAUCAGAGUUUCGAGGAAUAUGGAUUCAUCACCGGCAACCACCGCAGGCGGCGGCGGAAACAACAUUAUGGUCUCGCAAUCAACCGCUGCGUCGCCUAUGGAUUCUUCAGCCACCGCCGCCCCCGCCGCAACCUCAGUUGACGAUCCUAAACAGAAUUUGCCUCAAGUUAUAAAUUCAAUCCAGAAAACUCUCGCCCUCCUCCAUCAGCUCUACCUCACCGUCUCCUCCUACAAUGUUGCUUCCCAACUCCCUCUCCUCCAGCGCAUGAAUAAUCUAGUGUUAGAAUUGGAUAAUAUGACGAGAUUAGCAGAAAAGUGUAACAUUCAGGUGCCCAUGGAGGUUCUAAAUUUGAUAGAUGAUGGGAAGAAUCCUGAUGAGUUCACUCGUGAUAUGUUGAAUGGAUGCAUUGCCAAGAACCAGAUUACUAAAGGGAAAACAGAUGCCUUCAAGGGCCUGCGAAGACAUCUCCUUGAAGAACUGGAGCAGGUAUUUCCUGAUGAAGUUGAAACUUAUAGGGAGAUACGAGCAGCAUCUGCAGCCGAGGCCAAACGAUUGGCUCAAACCCAAAAUAUUCUUCCGAAUGGAGAUACCAAAAGUUAAGAUAGAAUCUACCUUGAUGUUUAUGUUUGGACAUAUAAAUGAGAUACAGUAUCACUUAAACUUGUAUGAAAUACAUUGCGAUAUACUGUAUCUAUUUUCAGUUGCUAAGCUUAAAGAAACUUUACUGAUUAUUAUGAAA